AGUGUUUUGCAGGAUACGCAGUAGACAGUUGGUUCAAUUGUACUUUUUCUGGGAGUGCUGGGAGUUGUAACCAUCUCAUCAGAAAGCACAGACACAUUGGAAAGCUCUGUGUGCUUCACCACCCCCACCUUUUCAUGUUGGUUUUUCACAUCUAUUUUUUGGCAAUUAGUUUCGAAAAUAAGGAAAAUUAACAUUUUACUGUAAGAGUGUUUUCAUCGGAUGGAGUUACCUCAUGCUGGAAAAUUGACGGAUUCUUUUGUUUUUUGUAGCGUGGAGAGGAUAUCCUACUGUUACAAGGAGAGGGCUCAUGUAAUCAAAGAAGUUUCUUUGUUGUGUGUAUCUUUACAGAACACAACAGGAAUUGAAAAUGAAUCAGGACACUGCUGAGCUUGUGGCAGCCACCGAGAGCCUGGCCGAGGUGCCUGAACACGUGCUUCGAGGGCUUCCCGAGGAAGUGAGGCUUCACCCGUCUGCUGUCGACAAGACCCGGAUCGGUGUCUGGGCCACUAAACCAAUUUUAAAAGGCAAAAAGUUUGGGCCAUUUGUUGGUGAUAAGAAAAAAAGAUCUCAGGUUAAGAAUAAUGUAUACAUGUGGGAGGUGUAUUACCCAAAUUUGGGAUGGAUGUGCAUCGAUGCCACUGAUCCAGAGAAGGGGAACUGGCUGCGCUAUGUGAAUUGGGCUUGCUCAGGAGAAGAGCAAAAUUUAUUUCCGCUGGAAAUCAACAGAGCCAUUUACUAUAAAACUUUAAAGCCAAUCGCGCCGGGCGAGGAGCUCCUGGUCUGGUACAAUGGGGAAGACAACCCUGAGAUAGCAGCUGCGAUUGAGGAAGAGCGAGCCAGCGCCCGGAGCAAGCGGAGCUCCCCGAAGAGCCGGAAAGGGAAGAAAAAAUCCCAGGAAAAUAAAAAUAAAGGAAACAAAACCCAAGACAUACAGCUAAAGACAAGUGAGCCAGAUUCCAUCUCUGCAAAUAUGAGAGAUUCUGUGGAAGGUCCUAAAGAAGAGGAGAGACCUUCAGCUUCAGCACCGGAGCGGCCAGCUGUUCUUCAGGAGGUAGUUGGUCUGGAUGUGCUUCCAGAACUGGUGAUCCCUCCCCCUGCCUGCGAGCCGCAGCCGGAACUAGACGAGAAGUCAGAAGCAACAAAUUGUGAGGUGAAUGAUGUGGAGGGAGAAGAGGAGGGGGAGGGAGAAGAGGAGGGGGAGGAGGAAGAAGAGGAUGAAGAUGACGAUGAGUUGGAGGAAGAGGGAGAGGAAGAAACUGACAUGCCAAAUGAAAGUUCUGUGAAAGAGCCAGAAAUACUGUGUGACGAGAAGCCAGAAGAUUUAUUAGAAGAACCAAAAAAUAUUUCAAAAGAAGUUUUCCAAGACUCUGCAGAGGUGACACCUGCUCUCAGAAUCCCCAAAACUAAAGAAGAGGCCAAUGGUGAUGUAUUUGAAACAUUCAUGUUUCCAUGUCAGCAUUGUGAAAGGAAGUUUACGACCAAGCAGGGGCUGGAGCGUCACAUGCAUAUCCACAUGUCUACAGUCAAUCAUGCUUUCAGAUGCAAGUACUGUGGGAAAGCUUUCGGCACACAGAUUAACAGGAGGCGGCACGAGCGGCGCCACGAGGCAGGGUUGAAGCGGAAACCCAGCCAAACACUACAGCCGUCAGAGGACCUAGCUGAUGGCAAAGUUGCUGGAGAAAAUGUUACUCUGAAAGAUGAAUCAAAUCCUCCCAAUCUUGGGCAAGACUGUCUGAUUAUGAGUUCAGAGAAGUCUUCCCAAGAAACAAUAAAUUCUUCUAUUAUAGAAGAGAAUGGGGAUGUUAAAGAACUUCAUCCAUGCAAAUAUUGCAAAAAGGUUUUUGGGACUCACACUAAUAUGCGACGGCAUCAGCGCAGAGUUCAUGAGCGCCAUCUGAUUCCCAAAGGUGUGCGGCGAAAAGGAGGCCUCGAAGAGCUGCAGCCUCCAGUGGAGCAGGCCCUGCCAGCCCAGAAUGUCUAUGUCCCCAGCACAGAGCCAGAGGAGGAGGGGGAAGCAGAUGACGUGUACAUCAUGGAUAUUUCUAGCAAUAUCUCCGAAAACUUAAAUUACUAUAUUGACGGUAAAAUUCAAACUAACAACAGCACUAGCAACUGUGACGUGAUUGAGAUGGAAUCUAAUUCGGCAGAUUUGUAUGGUAUAAAUUGUCUGCUCACCCCAGUUACUGUGGAAAUUACUCAAAAUGUAAAGACCACACAGGUCCCGAUAACAGAUGAUCUUCCUAAAGAGCCUUCCAGCAACACAAAUAGUGACUCCAAGAAACGGAGAACGACUAGUCCACCUGUGCUACCCAAAAUUAAAGCUGAAACAGAUUCUGACCCCAUGGCUCCCUCGUGUUCCUUAAGUCUGCCUCUUACCAUAACAACAACAGAGACAGUAUCUUUCCAUAAAGAGAAAACUGUUUAUUUGUCAUCAAAGCUCAAACAACUUCUUCAAACCCAGGAUAAACUAACUCCUCCUGCAGGGAUUUCAGCAACUGAAAUACCUAAAUUAGGUCCCAUUUGUGUGUCUGCUCCUGCAUCAAUGUUACCUGUGACCUCAAGUCGCUUUAAGAGGCGGACCACUUCUCCCCCGAGUUCUCCACAGCACAGCCCUGCCCUUCGAGACUUUGGAAAGUCAAGUGAUGGAAAAGCAGCAUGGAGUGAUGCAGUUCUGACUUCCAAGAAACCCAAAUUAGAAAGUCAUAGUGAUUCGCCAGCCUGGAGUUUGUCUGGGAGAGAUGACAGAGAAACUGGGAGCCCUCCGUGCUUUGAUGAAUAUAAAAUAUCUAAAGAGUGGUCAGCUGGUUCUACUUUCAGCAGUGUGUGCAACCAACAGCCCCUGGAUUUAUCCAGCGGUGUCAAACAGAAGGGUGAGGGUAUGGGCAAGACUCUGGUGCAGUGGGAAUCUGUAUUGGAUCUCAGUGUGCAUAAAAAGCCUUGUAGUGACUCGGAAGGCAAGGAAUUCAAAGAAAAUCAUUCACUACAGCCAACCUGCAGUGCUGUAAAGAAAAAGAAACCAACCACCUGCAUGCUGCAAAAGGUUCUUCUUAAUGAAUAUAAUGGCGUUGAUUUACCUGUAGAAAACACCACCGAUGCGGCCAGGAGCCCAAGUCCUUGCAAGUCCCCAGAAGCCCAGCCAGAUCCUGACCUUGGUUCCGACUCUGUUUUGCCUGCCCCUACAGCUGAGUCCCCCCCUGGUGUUUAUCCUUCAUCACCUGCUCAGCAGACACCUUCCCUUUCUUCUAGUCAUCUACCUCCUCUCUUGGUCCCCACCGAUCCCUCCUCCCCUCCACCCUGUCCUCCAGUAUUAACUGUUGCCAGUCCGCCGCCUCCCCUCCUUCCCACCGUACCUCUUCCAGCCCCCUCUUCCAGCACACCACCGCAUCCGUGUCCCUGUCCAUUCUCAAAUGCUACCACACAGUCCCCACUCCCAAUUCUGUCCCCUACGGUGUCCCCCUCUCCUUCGCCCAUCCCUGUGGAGCCUCUUGUAUCUGCUGCUUCUCCUGGGCCUCCAACACUCUCCUCCUCCUCCUCCUCCUCCUCCUCCUCCUCCUCCUCUUCCACCUCCUCCUUCUCCUCCUCCUCCUCCUCCUCCUCCUCCUCUUCCCCUUCUCCACCUCCUCUUUCUGCAGUAUCAUCCGUCAUCUCUUCUGGUGAUAAUCUGGAGGCUUCUCUCCCCGUGAUAUCUUUCAAACCAGAGGAAUUAGAGAAUGAAGAUCCGAAACCCAGGGAAGAGCCCCAGCCUGCUAUUGAACAGGAUAUUGUUCAGGAAACAUUCAGCAAAAACUUUGUUUGCAAUGUCUGUGAAUCACCUUUUCUUUCCAUUAAAGAUCUAACCAAACAUUUAUCUAUUCAUGCUGAAGAAUGGCCCUUCAAAUGUGAAUUCUGUGUACAGCUUUUUAAGGAUAAAACUGAUUUGUCAGAGCAUCGCUUUUUGCUUCAUGGAGUUGGAAAUAUCUUUGUGUGUUCUGUUUGUAAAAAAGAAUUUGCUUUUUUGUGCAAUUUGCAGCAGCACCAGCGAGACCUCCACCCAGAUAAGGUAUGCACACACCACGAGUUUGAAAGCGGGACUCUGAGGCCCCAAAACUUCACAGAUCCCAGCAAGGCCCAUGUAGAGCAUAUGCAGAGUUUGCCAGAAGAUCCAUUAGAAACCUCUAAAGAAGAGGAAGAAUUAAAUGAUUCCUCUGAAGAGCUUUAUACGACCAUAAAAAUAAUGGCUUCUGGUAUAAAGACGAAAGAUCCAGAUGUUCGAUUGGGUCUCAAUCAGCAUUACCCGAGCUUUAAGCCACCUCCAUUUCAGUACCAUCACCGAAACCCCAUGGGUAUUGGGGUGACGGCCACCAAUUUCACUACACACAAUAUCCCACAGACUUUUACUACUGCCAUCCGCUGCACAAAAUGUGGAAAGGGUGUUGACAACAUGCCCGAGUUACACAAACACAUCCUGGCUUGUGCUUCGGCAAGUGACAAAAAGAGGUACACCCCCAAGAAAAAUCCAGUGCCGCUGAAACAAACUGUGCAGCCCAGAAACGGAGUGGUGGUUUUAGAUAACUCUGGGAAAAACGCCUUCCGACGAAUGGGACAACCCAAAAGACUGAACUUUAGUGUUGAGCUCAGCAAAAUGUCAUCAAAUAAGCUCAAAUUAAAUGCAUUGAAGAAAAAAAAUCAGCUUGUGCAGAAAGCAAUCCUUCAAAAAAACAAAUCUGCCAAGCAGAAGGCCGACUUGAAAAGCACGUCUGAGUCGUCCUCUCACAUCUGCCCUUACUGCCACCGAGAGUUCACUUACAUAGGGAGUCUGAACAAGCAUGCGGCUUUCAGCUGUCCCAAAAAGCCCCUUUCUCCUCCCAAAAAGAGAGUUUCUCAUUCAUCCAAGAAAGGUGGACACACAUUACCUGCAAGCAGUGACAAAAACAAUAAUAGCAACCACCGCAGGCGGACAGCAGACGCAGAGAUUAAAAUGCAGAGCAUGCAGACUCCUUUGGGCAAGACCAGAGCCCGCAGCUCAGGCCCCGCCCAGGUCCCACUGCCCUCCUCGUCCUUCAGGUCCAAGCAGAAUGUCAAAUUUGCAGCUUCGGUUAAGUCCAAAAAACCAAGCAGCUCCUCUUUAAGAAACUCCAGCCCGAUAAGAAUGGCCAAAAUAACUCACAUCGAGGGGAAAAAACCCAAAGCUGUGGCCAAGAAUCAUUCUGCUCAGGUUUCCAGCAAAACAUCCCGGAGCCUACACAUGCGGGUACAGAAAAGCAAAGCUGUUUUACAAAGCAAGUCUGCCCUGGCGAGUAAGAGGAGAGCAGAGCGGUUCAAUAUCAAGUCCAGAGAGCGGAGUGGGGGGCCGGUCACCCGAAGCCUUCAGCUGGCAGCGGCUGCUGACCUGAGUGAGAACAAGCCAGAGGACGUCAGCACUAAGCAGGAGCUCAAGGACUUCAGCUACAGCCUCCGCCUGGCAUCCCGCUGCCCUCCACCAGCAGCCCCGUACAUCACCCGGCGGUACAGGAAGGUCAAGGCCCCCACUGCAGCCCAGUUCCAGGGACCCCUCUUCAAAGAGUAGAUGCUCCGCCUGCUCCCUGACAGCACCUGAAGUGACCUGCAAUCAGUGAAGCCAAAGGGACUGGCAGUCUGCCCUGCAGGGAGUACUGACGCAUCCCCAUGCAUGAACCUACGAGAGAGUGGCAGGCAGUGUGUGUGUGCGCGUGAGUGGUCUUCAAACCAAGGUCCUGACUCUGGGGAGGCAGGAAGGCAGCUGGCCCCAUGCUGUCCUCUGGGCCCUACUCAGAGGCAGGUCCUGGAACCCUUCUCUGCAGCUCAGCCUUCCUGUUGAGGUGGGGCCUCUCCUACUAUGCAAUUUUUCAAAAGCUCCUUGACCCUGGUUGAUGCUUCUCGAGUUGUCUGUUGCCAUUUUGAGGACUUUGGUCUAGUCCAAGGAAGGCCUUCAAGAGGAGGUCAAGUUCCCCUUCAAAACCACCGCCUCCCCCUGCAACAUCUCUGGGAAUCAAGAACAUAUGGACAUGUUGAGACGUGAGCCUGAGCAUUGCCCUUGGCCCCAGCACUUGGAAAACCCCUUUUUUUUUCCCAAGUAAUUGAGCUGCUGGCUCUUGAGCCAUUUUCUACAAUUGAAAUACUCGUCAGUUCAUUGCUCUGGAGUCUUUGCAGAGAACACCCCCAAAGUUGGUGCCCCUGGGAGGAAGACCUUGUUCCCACUUAGACCUGUUUCCUCCCUCGGGGAAGAGGGAGGGUAAUGGAUGGAGAGGGUGGCAUUGGGGGAGGGAGAGUCUCCUGAGCCCUUGCUCACCUCCUUUGGUGGCACCAUCAAUAUCUUUAGUGUCUGAGCUUCUCAAAUUCUGCUGCAAAGAAAAAAAAAGAGAGAGAGAGAAAAUAAAAGUACAGAAGGAUUAAAAAGCACAGGGGGAAGAAAAAGAGAUUUCCAGAGGCUGCAAAUUGCCUGCAGGGGGCUGACUCUGCUCUCUGGGAGAUGGAGCAGAGAAACGGGUGAGCUCAGCUUGGAGUCCACACCCAGCUCGGUGAGGAUCUCAGGCUGUGUGCCUUUGGGGCAGACCCCGUCUGAGACUACUUUGGUGCUGAUUUCUCAGCUCCCGAUUUCAAUAGUGACCUAUCAAACCCAAAGCGGAAGGAGGGAACUUCCACAAGCAGGAAUUUGUCACACAAUAAAGGGAUGUUCUUUUUCAGGGCUACUGUGGUUGAUCCUGCAACUCUGUAAAUAUGUACGUAGACACUUUUAAAAGCACGUAUUUAUGUCCCAGACUGUAAAUGCCCUGUUUUUAAAGUUUUAUAACUCGUGUUAUUUAAUGAAUCAGUCGACUGGCUGCAGUAUGGGGUCCGACAAGGGGCCAGGAGAAGGGGUCUCAUGAGAUCCUCACAUGGGCAGAUAAAUGCUGAGCAUUGGCCGACAUCACCGUUUUUUCCUAUUUCCAGCUAGAAGCUCUUGUUUGCUUUUAAUUUUUACAAACUGGAGUCCUUUCGCCCGCUCCUGCAAUGAAGCCUCACAAGCAUGAAGAGCUGCAGCUGCUCCUAUCCCGAUGCUAUGAUUUUGUCCCCUAAAUGUUAACAUUUGUGAACUGUACCCCCGCCUCUCAGUUCUGCGAGUUUCCCCAGCCGGCACCAAGGGAAGCUCCAACCAGAAGCCUCAAAAGGCUUCGGCCCAUGACGAAUUCCAGAAAAAGUGGUUGAGGCCUUGGGGAUGCUCACUUUUUGCAUGUGCAAAUGUUCUGGUCACUCUUCAGCACUCCCAGACGGUCAGGAACACUGUCCCAGUAGUGACUGGGGGAUGGUUUUGUAAAGGACUGUGUUUCCUGGUCUUCGAGUGUGGGUUUGGGGCCGCGGGAGAAGACGGCUCUGUAUCUGCCAUGUGAAGAAAAUUAACAAUAAACGCGUGAAGAGCGAUUGU